CUAGCACCUCUCCCAUUUCCCUUUUAUUUUUCUUGCUUCUUUCUCUUCUCUACGCUCCACUACCUACUUUAAGUGCCCCUGCUGCCAUGCCGCUACCGGAAGCCACCACCACCUCAUCCUGUGCGACGGCUCGAGCGCAACUUUCACCUCACCUGCUAGUGCGUCGCCUCUGGAUUGAAGAGCAAGCGGUCCCGCCGUUGCCGGGAGCCACCACCACCAUCACCACCAUCUCAGAUCUACAGAUCUGAAGGCCCGACUUCCAUCCCUAAAGACCCGUCUUCCAUCCCCAACGUCCACAAGUUCCAAAAGCUCACCCGCAACAUCUCCAAAGCCGAUGCCUCUUCGCGGAUUCGCGCCUGGGGAAGUGUCGUUCGCAACCUCACGUCUUCGCCGGGGCCAAUCGUCGAAGCCACCGUUGCUCACGUUGGAGGAAGUCGCGCUGUGUACGAUGGUUUGGCCGCUCCCUUUAGUACCCUAAGGUGAAGAAGGAGCAGAGCACGGGCAUUCUGGCAUGUUUUGUUAGGGAGGAAUUGAAGGAGAAAAUUGUUUUGUGGUGUGUUCUGUGUAGUGUAGGUUGAAGGAGCAGAGCAUGGCUUUUGUGGUGUGUUCUGUGUAGUGUAGGUUGAAGGGGGAUGAACUUGCUAAGCAAAAACUGUUUCUUUUUCUUUUUAUGUUACAUGAUUCUGUGAUCUAAAUAUGAUUCUACCCUGAAUAUGAUAUUUUCUUCUCUUUUUCUAGUUUGGGAUAGAAGACUGACUUCAGAUUUCUAUGGAGUUGAGAUCAAAAGAGAUGCAACAGAGAAAAUGACAAUAAACUAAUGUUAAUCAAGUUUGUGGAAGGUGGAUCUGAUAAAGACCUGAAAAAACCUUAUACCGCCUCAGUUCACCAUACCUGAAACCAAAAGUCUCCCCCUCUAGCGCCUCGGUUUCAUUUUAAUCGAGGCAAAAGUGUACAUCUUUUUUACUCGAUUUGCAACCGAGGCAAAAAAUGCGUUUAUAUAUACCUCGAUUGUAGAACCGGUACCAAUAGGCCAAAAUAACCGUUGUCUUUUUCUUUUAUUCUUUUAAUGUACUAGUGUAAAGUCACGCGGAUUGUUUGUUCUCACUGUAAUACUUUUUGGUGUGAUAUUGUUUGCACUCUCUUUGCAUCAAUUUAUUCUUAUUUUGGGAAAGCUUUUCAGAAUGACAGAUUCAAAUGGAAUCGUAUUUGGCAUCUAUCUUUUAACUGCAUUAUAUGGAUUCAUAUUUGGUUAUCAUUUCGGUAUAUCAGGUAUGUUAACAUACUUAUCUAUCUUUCCAUGGAUUCUUGUUUCAUUCAUUACUCACAUCAACAUAUGCAGGUGGCAUGAGUUCUAUGGAUUCUUUUCUGAAAAAAUUCUUCUAUGAAGUGUAUGAAAAGGAGAACAACAUAAAACCCUCAAACGAUCCGUAUUGCAAAUUUGACAGCCAAAUAUUGACAUUAUUCACAUCAUCUCUACAUUUGGCUGCUUUGAUUGGAUCAAUAUUUGCAUCCUUUGUCAUUCGACUUUUUGGGAGACGCCCUCCCAUGAUAUGUGGGGGUGCAUUUUUUUUCUUGGGUGUAGGCUUUCUCACCUUUGCAUUCUUUUUCCCAGAUGGUGAAUUAAAUGGUUUUGCAAACUAUGGUUGGGCGCUAAUUGUCAGCCGCGUGUUAUUUGGUUUAGGAAUUGGAUGUACUCAUCAGAAUCACCAAAUUCUUUGAUUGAACGUGGUCUUCAUGAGAAAGCUAAGAGGGAACUUAUUGAGAUUCGAAACACUACAGAUGUGGAGGAGGAGUUUAACGAUCUUGUGGCAGCAAAUGAAUGCUCCAAAACAAUGAAAGACCCUUGGAUCUCUUUAUUAAAGAGACAGUACAGACCCCAACUCACAUUUGUCAUAAUCAUUCCCUUGUUUCAGCAACUCACUGGCAUAAAUGUGAUUAUAUUGUAUGCUCCUAUUUUGUUCAAGACCAUUGGUUUUGGAGCCCAUGCUUCUCUCAUGUAUGCCAUGAUAAUUGGAGGUUGCAACGUAAUUGCCACUCUUGUCUCCAUAUUCACCAUUAACAAGUUCGGUAGACGAACUCUUUUCUUAGGAGGAAUACAAAUGUUUAUUUUCCAGGAAUGUUGCCAAAGUGGUAUGCUAUUGCGGUUGUGUGUGGCAUAUGCGUGUACGUGGCGGGAUUUGCAUGGUGUUGGGGUCCUCUAGGAUGGUUGGUUCCAAGUGAGAUUUUUUCAUUUGAAGUGCGUUCGGUUACACAAAGCAUCAAUGUCUUUGUGAAUAUGAUAUCCACCUUUGUCAUUGCGCAAAUUUUCACUACCAUGCUUUGUCUCAUGAAGUUUGGAUUGUUCAUUUUCUUUGCAUGUUUGCUCAUUUUGAUGAACACAUUCAUUUACAAACUUCUACCAGAGACUAAAGACAUUUCCAUUGAAGAAAUGCAUGUUAUAUGGCAGAGUCAUCCUUAUUGGAAGAAGUUUGUUAAAUCAAUUGAUGUCACUAUUAGUGAUGAG